AUGUUGUUUUCAGUUUCCACCGACGCAACUCCUGCUCUUGAAACUAUUUUUAAUCCAUUUUAUCAAGAAGAUCCAGUCACAAAAUUGCGUAUAGAAAGAAACCAGUUCACUUUUCCAGUUGGAUGGAUUGCACCAAUUGCACGUCAAGCCCCACAUUUGGUUUACUUGUAUAUUCCUUCAUGCCACCUGGGAAAUACUGAUUUUCAAACAAUAUGCAAUUCUUUUCCAAACCUCGAAGAGCUAAUCAUCACAAAUACAGGACUCAAAAGUAUCGCAGGAAUCCAAAAACUCAAACAUUUAGAAGUUUUGGAUUUGAGAGAGAACGACGUUUCUGAAUCGAAGUCACUGAAGGAACUUUCAAGUCUCGAAUCGUUGAGAGAACUGAUUGCUGAUUUUGACAAAAAUCAUAGCAACCAAUACUUCAAUGUUGACAAUUUGCUGAAAUCAAAUGAAAAAUUGCGACUUCUUGGAGCAGAUGUAUUGAAGGAAUACUUUGAAGCUCUGCAACUCGAAAAAAUAAAAGGAAACUGGCCGGUAUUCUAUAAUAUGUUGAAAACGGUGAGAAACAUGAUGCACACCGGUGGCGGCCCCGAACAGUUCAUACUUGACACUCGAAGAAAGUAUCUGGUCUGGUUGACAGAAUUCAUGUUGUUGGAUGAGCUCACGGAAGAAGGAGCUUUCAUUUGCUUGCAAACACUAGUUUUUUUGACACAGAAGGGACGUCUGACCAGAGACUUUGAUGAGAGUGUACCGGAACUGGUCCUCAAGGCAGUUUUGCAUAUAGACAACAUAUUUGAUUUAAACAAGAAAGGUGACCAAUUAAUGUGGAACAUUCUCCAGGAUGACGCAUUUUGCAAUCUCGAAUCGGAACUCGAAGACGAACUGGUCGAUGCUACCAUUCAAACUAUGAUGGAACUGGAAACAACAGAUCGUAUUUUCUUGUGCUGCCAGAAGAUUUUAAACGACAGAUUGUGUUAUAUGAAACCUGAACAGUUUUCGGAAAUUUGCAAAAAUAUCAAAUUUAGAAAACGCUACUUGUUUUUAAUUUGCACUGGCUAUUUUUUUUUUUCGAAGGGAGCCCGUCGUGAACUGGAUCAAUGUUUCCGUUUUUUGAUGGCUAUGGCACAAAACCCAGUUGAAGAGCAUUUGAAAGUCAGCUCCUAUUUCGUUAGGAUUUUUUCUCAACUUCUGCAUGCACUAACAGGAUUUGUUCGAAUGGAAGUUCUGGUAUUGCAUUGGUUCAAUGAACUGGCAUUCUCACUGAACAAAGAAGUCUUUGAUCAAUACGUUCUUACCGUCCAUAUCAAACCGAUACUGCGAGUUCACAAUAAAAAUGUUGUAUAA